AUGUCCAAGAUCUCCGGGCAAGAAACCCACUUGGCCGAGGUAGAAAUCGACCUUUACGAGGCCCUCGAAAUCCGGCGGGAUGCGAGCAAAGAUGAAAUCCGACAGGCAUAUCGCAAGGCCGCUCUAGCCAACCACCCUGACAAAGUUCCCGAAGACCAACGCCCUGCCGCAGAAAUCAAGUUCAAGACCGUUCAGGAGGCAUACGAAAUUCUAUAUGAUGAAGACAAGCGAGAAGUCUAUGACCGACAUGGAAUGUCUGCUUUCAAUGGCGCUGGAGAACCCGGAAUGGGAGGCGCUCCUGAUUUAGACGACUUGCUCGCACAAAUGUUCGGUGGCAUGGGGGGUAUGGGUGGCAUGCCCGGUAUGGGAGGGAUGGGAGGUAUGCCCGGUAUGGACGGUAUGGGUGGGGGUCGUCGCGGCAAGCCUGGAAAGAGUCCCGAUGAGCAGCAGGACUAUGAGAUCAGCCUGGAGGAAAUGUACAAGGGCAAGACCGUUAAAUUCGCCAGCGUUAAGAACGUCAUCUGCAGUCUUUGCGAUGGAAAGGGUGGAAAGGAGAAGGCGAAAGCCAAGAAAUGUUCUACUUGUGAGGGCAUGGGUCACAGAGAGGUGCUCAAUUCAAUGGGCCAGUUCUAUACCCGAUCCACUGUUCCUUGCGCCGUUUGCAAUGGCCAAGGCGAGUUCUUUAGCCCCAAGGACAAGUGCAAGAAGUGCAAAGGCAAGAAGACUGUUGAGCAGAAGAAGAUGCUGGAAAUCUACAUUCCACCGGGUGCAGUUGAGGGAGAGAAAAUAGUUCUGGAGGGUGAAGCUGAUCAGGUCCCGGGUCAAAAACCCGGAGACAUCGUUUUCCGACUUGUGCAGGAAGAACAUGAAGUUUUUGAUCGUUCAGGUGCCGACUUGCGUGCCGACAUCGUUGUUACUUUGGCCGAGUCAUUGACUGGCUUCCAACGUGUUGUUUUGAAACAUCUUGAUGGCCGUGGUAUUGAAAUCAACCAUCCCGCUGGCCAAAUCUUGGUACCUAAUCAGAUCCUCACAAUUCGCGGCGAGGGAAUGCCCAAGAAACGCAGUGAGAAGCGAGGUGACCUAUAUUUGUUGGUGACUGUGAAGUUCCCGGACCCCAAGGAGGGCUGGAAGCCAACACCCGCGAUGCUGGAGCAGCUGCAGGGAAUGCUGCCCAAGCCUGCGGAGCCUAUCCAGGCCAGCCCCGUUGACGAGGUUGAAUACGAUGCAGAGGGCGAUCUUUCUGAGUUUGGCGCUGCCGACAAUGAAGGCGCAUGGACGAAUGUCGAUGAGGAUGACGAUGAAGAGGGAGCGCAGUGCACAACUCAGUAG